ACGAGAACGACCAAGUAACGAACGCGAAAACUCAAGUUCAAGUUUACCAAAAUGGCCCCGUAGCGGACCGGGUCGAUCGCGUCUGAAACACGUGAACUCCUUACAAUUUCCCAAAGCCAUGCUGCGUUCAACACUGAGCAUUGUGAACAAUCACGCCGUUCGUUCUCUCGCACAGACACGCAGAGGUUUUGUAUCUGCUGUCCUUCUUUCUAAAUCCUGGGAUAAACUUCCUGCUUCCGACCUCAAAAAAGAAGCUCGAAGUCGUGGUCUAUCUCCAUCGGGGAAUAAAGCAUCUCUUAUAUCGAGAAUACAAGAACAUGAAAAGUCUCUUUCCUCGGUCGCAGUUGCGUCUGCAAGUAACGUAAACACACCUCCCGAAAUACCUUCAGUGGACGCUACUAAAGAGGGCGAAACACCUGGGAUCCCUUUGGCGUCUCAAUCUGCUGCGCCUACACCUUAUUAUCUUAACGUUGUUCUCCCCGAUGCUGCCUAUGAAGAGCCCGAACUCGCGGUUUCGAUCCCUUAUACUUUUGAUUUCUUAGCUUCGUCCACAACUGCAGUAGAGUCUCCGCCAGAACAAGAAUUGCCAAAGAUGGUCGUAAUUGGCGGUGAAGAAACGUAUGGUGGCGCGAGCCCGACCCACCAUCUCUUCGACGAAUUGAUGGUCUCCGAUCCUGAGGAGUUCACGCCGUCUACUGUAUCUCGCGGUAAAGGUGGUAUUCUGGAUGACUUGGCAGAGGAUAUGGGAUUGCCGCACUUUAGAGACAUGAAAAAGUCUGUCUUGAAAUUUUUCUAAAUUCAGUGUCAUGGGCAUGGUACUGUGCUCGUUGCUAGUAGUACUGUAGACUCGAAUUCUAGCUAUAUAAGACUUCAAGUUCGCCAUUUUGUAGAUGGUAGUAAUGCUAAUACCUCUUGUU